AUGUCUGCUGAUGAGAUAAGAGCUAAAAGACUAGCCAGGCUAAAUAGUCAACAGGCAAGUCCUAGUCCCUCUAAUAUCAGUGCAAAGUCUACAGAAUCCAUUCCAACAACCACUACAAAGUCACAAAUUUCAACUAAUAAUACUAGCUCCAAUAGUACUAGUAUCUCUGAACCUACAUCUACUGCUUCUUCAUUACCACCAAAGAGACCAAGACAUGAAUCAUCCCCGGAGGAAACUAUAUCUGCUUGGACACAGAAAACUUUUGAAUUCAUAUUAAAUGUCACUUUAGAUAAUGAUAAAGCAAAUCGUGAUUUAGUAUUUUUGGAACAAACAUUCACUGAAUUGGUGGAAGAAAACCAAGAUCCUUUAUUUAAUUCAGAACUAACUGAUCGUGUUAUUAUUGAAAGAUUGUCAGAAAUUGGUGUUAAUAAUCCAUUCAAAUAUUUAAAAGAUUCUUGGUCUAAAAUUCAACAAGAAAGAAGACAAAUCACAUUAAAAGAUCCACUAAGAGAACAAAAGAUUUCAGUUUUGACUGAAAUUGAUAGAUUAACUUCAAGUUAUGGUUUAGUUUCAUUCCAAAUUCCUGAUAUGUUUAUAAAUGGUGAUGUUGAAACAUUUUUAAAAGAUAUCAUUAGUAAUGAAAAUAGUUAUAGUGAUUUUUUGAUCCAAAUUAUUAAUAGAUCAAAUGAAGAAGGUACAAUAUUGGAAUUUUUAAAUAUUUUCAUCCCAUCUUUAACUAAAUUAAUCCCAAACUUAGAUUUAAACAAUCCUCAAUAUACUUUAAUCUUGAAUAUUUUCCAAUUGUUUAUUAAUGAAAAAUCUGUUGCUUCAGUUUUCACACAAAUUGAUGGAUUUGAAUUAAAUCCAAAUAUUGAACCUUCCAUUUUUGAAACUUCAUCGAUUUUAGGACCAAUUUUUAAAUUAUCUCCAUUACAAGAAUCUGUGGCAAAUAAUAAUUUUGAUAGAUCAACUGAAAAAUCCAAGUUACAAAUCAAACAAAUUGGUGAAUCUUUACAAGCUGAACAUAAAAUUUUAUUAGAUCGUUUAUUUUUCAUUACAAAUAAAAUUAUAAGAGGCUCUGAACAAUCAAGAAAUGAUUUAUUAAAAUAUUUUGCUACAAUUAUAAAUAAAAAUCAUUUAAGAAGAGGUGAUCAUGCUGAUUUUAAAAAAUUAUCUUCAAAUGCAUUUGUUACAAACAUUUCAUUAGUGCUAAUUCGUUUAUCUCAACCAUUUUUAGAUGUCGGAUUUACUAAAAUUGAUCGUAUUGAUAUUGAUUAUUUCAGUAAAAGUUCACUUAUUGAUAUUACUGAAGAAACAAGAAUUAAUUCAACAAAUUCAGAAGCUUCAGAUUAUUUCAAAUCUCGUGCAAGUGCUGGAAAUGAAAAACCAAAUUUUAUAUCAGAUUGUUUUUUUUUAACUUUAGCUUAUUUACAUUAUGGUAUUGGUGGUGUAUUACUUACAGAAUCUAAAAUGAAAAACACUAUAAAACAAGCUGAAAGACAAGUUGAAAGUUUAAGACAACAUGUAUCAAGACCAAGUCCAAUGCAAUUUUUUGCAAAAACUCAAUUGAAAAGAUUAGAAGAUCAAUUAUCAAGUUUAAAAUCUCAAAAAGAUGCAUUGGUUUCAUUUUUCACUCAUAGAGAUUUACAAUUGGAAAUUUUUGAAUUUGUUACAGGUGCAAGUGCAUUCUUGAUUAGAUUAAUUGAUCCAGUUCACAAAUAUCCUCAAGCUCCACUUAAAUUACCUCUUGUUCCAGAUGUUAUUGGUUUUGAAAAUGUUGAUAGUGCCGAUUAUUUCAGGGAAAAGGCACCAAUUCCUUUCAAAUAUUAUCCAGAAUAUUUGAUUGAAGGUUUGAUUAACUAUUGUCAUUAUAUUGCCAAAUAUAUUGCGAAUCCAAUGUUGUUAAAUCCAAGAUUACAAACUUUUGUUGAAUUUGCAGUUACAUUUUUACGCUGUCCUGAAUUAAUUGGUAAUCCACAUUUAAAAGGUCAUUUAGUUGAAGUUUUAUUUAUUGGUUCAUUACCAACUCAAGAUAAUAGACCUGGAUUUAUGAUUGAAAUUUUUGAUACAAAUGAAUUAGUUAAUAAGAAUUUACUUUAUGCAUUAUUAGAUUUUUAUGUUAUUGUGGAGAAAACUGGUGCAUCUUCACAAUUUUAUGAUAAAUUUAAUGCUCGUUAUCAUUUAUCAUCAAUUUUAGAACAAAUUUGGAAAAAUCCAUUAUAUCAAAAUCAAUUGAAAUGGCAAAGUGAUAAUAAUGAAGAAUUUUUCAUUAGAUUUGUUGCAAGAAUGUUGAAUGAUUUAACAUUUUUAUUAGAUGAAGCCUUAAGACAAUUAGGUGAAGUUCAUUCAGUUCAAACUGAACAAGAAUUAAGAUUAAAAGGUCAAUCAUCAAUUGAAGGUACAGAUGAAGAAUUACAAUCAAGAUUACAAAGUGCAGAAAAUCAAGCUAAAUCAUUUGUUGGAUUAGCAAAUAAAGGUAUUGAUUUAUUUGGAUUAUUUACACAAGAAGUUCCAAGAGCUUUUACUAAAAGUGAAAUUGUUGGUAGAUUAGCAAGUAUGUUGGAUUAUAAUUUAGAUUCAUUAGUUGGACCAAGAUGUACAAAUUUAAAAGUUAAAAAUCCAGAGAAUUAUAGAUUUAAUCCAAGAGAAUUAUUAGUUAAUAUAUCAAAAGUUUUCAUUAAUUUAUCAAAAGAAACUGAAUUUAUUCAAGCAGUUUCACAAGAUUCAAGAUCUUUUAAAAUUGAAAUUUUUGAAAAAGCUAAAUCAAUUUUAGCAAAUAGAAAUAUUGCAAAUGGUGAAUUUAUUGAUAAAUUUAUUGGAUUUGCAUACAAAGCUGAAUCUAAAAGAUUAGAAGAAGAAGAAGAAGAACAAGAAUUAGGUGAAGUUCCUGAUGAAUUUUUAGAUCCAUUAAUGUAUACAAUCAUGAAAGAUCCAGUUACAUUACCAACAUCAAAAGUUAAUAUUGAUCGUUCAACUAUUAAAGCUCAUUUAUUAAGUGAUUCAACAGAUCCAUUUAGUAGACAACCAUUAAAAUUUGAAGAUGUUAUACCAAAUGAAGAUUUAAGACAACAAAUUUUAGAAUUUAGACAAAAGGCUAAACAAGAACAAAUUGAUAAAGAUUCAACAAUGAAGGAUGUUUAA